UCUCAUUUAUAUACACGCUCUCCCCCUUCAACCCUCCCCAAACACUCUUUCUCCUUCUCUCUCUCUACAUUUCGUCAAAAACAUGAAUUCCGACACGCAACAAGGAACGCCGUCGUAUUGGUGCUACAGCUGUACCCGCUUCGUUCACCUCUCAUCGGAGGCCACCAUCGCCUGUCCCCACUGCCAGAGUGGCUUCGUCGAAGAGAUCCGCGCCGACGCCUCGCCGCGCCACCGUCUCAGCCCUUUCCCCGACGACCAUCUUUCGCUCCGCCGACAGGGGUUCCGCCGCCGCCGUCGCGAUGCUGCUGGCAACCGCUCCCCCUUUAACCCGGUCAUCGUUCUCCGGGGACCCGGCGAUGACUCCGCCGCCGAACACGAAGGCGCCAGCACGUUUGAGCUCUUCUACGAUGACGGCGACGGGACUGGUCUCCGUCCGCUCCCGCCCACCAUGUCGGAGUUCCUCCUUGGCUCAGGCUUCGACCGCCUACUGGAGCAGUUCGCGCAGAUCGAGAUGAACGGCUUCGGCCGCCCGGAGAACCCUCCGGCGUCCAAGGCGGCGAUCGAGUCCAUGCCGACUGUCGAGAUCGGUGAAACGCAGGUCGAAACCGACGCGCACUGCGCCGUGUGCAAGGAGGCGUUUGAGCUCCACGCGGAGGCGCGUGAGUUACCCUGCAAACAUAUUUACCACUCCGACUGCAUCCUCCCGUGGCUCUCCAUGCGGAACUCGUGCCCGGUGUGCCGCCACGAGCUUCCUUCCGAUUUGGAAACUAGGGCUCCGAGUCAGAUCGACGAGGAGGCGAUAGGGUUGACUAUCUGGAGGCUUCCAGGAGGGGGAUUCGCCGUGGGGCGAUUUUCCGGCGGACGCAGAGCCGGAGAGAAUCAUUUCCCGGUGGUUUAUACGGAGAUGGACGGUGGACUGAACACGAACGGAGCUCCGAGGAGGAUUUCUCGGUCGGUGAGAAGCAAUAGGGUUAGGGAGAGUCGAGGGUUUGUUAGGGUUGUUCGCAACUUCUUUUCAUUCUUUGGAAGGAUCGGUUCUAGAAACUCUUCUUCGUCUCUGUCAUCUUCUGAACAUGCUUCCGUGAGUAGAAGCCGAAGUCAUGUGAGUUCAGUCUUCAGCAGAAGCUCACGGAGACAUAGCAGAACUUUUGUUUUGGAUGAUUAAUUGGUGAUGGCAAUUUUGCAAACAGUAGCAAUACUCUUUCAAUCUUUUUAACUUUGGGUCAUGAAAUUCAUACUGUAAAUAGCAUGUAACUAGCAUCAAUACAAGAAAUUCUAGUUUCCCAUCUCUCUUUGGGACUCUAGUGCUUUGAUUCAUCAUCAAUACAAGGAAAUGUGCAAUUUUUUUUUUGGCUA